AUGUGUCGUCAGCUUCAAGCGAGGCGGGGGUAUGCUGGUGGCUCGCGUUUUGGGACUUUGCCUUGCCCAUGUGCUAGCGAGCAGGAUGAAGAUCCCGAUUCAGUGGUCGACCCGCUUGCCAGACUUGCUUUGGACCCGACACAAGCUCGCAGGAGGAGUUCCACGGGUCACCUCAACUUUGUUGACCAGGUGUCAGCUGGCAUUGGGUCCUACCUUGCUCGGCUGGAAGCGAAGCAUGUGGAGAAUACAACGGUGUACAAUCGGUCUGCAGGCCGUGAAGCUUCACGGUGGCAGGAUUGCAUCCGACAAGUUCCUUCACCACUUUUCCAAAGCAGGACGAGGGACGCCUCGAAGGAGACAGCGGCAGAACAAUCAGAGGAUGGUGCCGAAGAUCCAGCUGAUGCCGAUGCUGCACGCAUCAAACUGAAGCUUCCGCAGGGAGGCCGCCCAGCAUCUGGGGAUUUUGGGCCUUGCGUUCCUCCAAAAGAUUUGGAAUUUGAGUCCUUUCCUGGGUCAGAUGGACGUUCCCGGCUGUCUUUUUCAGCAUCAUUUGAAAGUGGCAAUUUGGCAGUGGCCCAGUGCGACAACCCAACCCAGUACACCUUGUUAGUGGACGUGGAUGCCAACACAGAAGGAUAUACACAGUGGUUCUAUUUCGCUGUGCGUGGGGGGACUGCUGGUUUGAAGAUCACCUUCCGCCUCAUCAACAUGGCCAAGUCAAGUUCAUUAUUUGGUGAGAAGGGGAUGCGGCCAGUGAUUUGGAGCGAGCAAUCAGGCAGGGGCUGGGAGCGCGGAUGCAGUGAUGUGAGUUAUUCAGCAACAGAGUCUAGCAAAGCCGCAGUGACUUCGCAGAAGAAUUGCUUCACGCUAUCAUUCGCCUACACAUUUGAGUUCGAUGAUGACACCGUCUUUUUUGCGUACCAUUACCCAUACACCUACAGCUACCUCACAGAAUUCAUCAACACCUUGGAAGCGCACCCGUAUGCUGGCAAGUUAUUCAGCCGCAAGCCGCUUUGCCAUACCAUAGGAGGUCUUCCUUGUGAAGCCUUGGAGAUAGACAGCGUGGAUCCAAACGUGCUGCAGCGUGGUUUGGCUGUCUUGACUGCACGAGUUCACCCUGGUGAGUCAAAUGCCUCGUGGAUGAUGCAUGGUUUCAUUUUGUUCCUCCUAUCACCAGCCGCAGAGGCAAUUGCCUUGCGGAAGGCCUUCAAGUGGCUCAUUGUGCCCAUGUUGAAUCCCGAUGGUGUUGUACGCGGCUGCUAUCGUUGCAGUCUCGCUGGCACGGACCUAAAUCGCGUGUAUUUAAAACCAAGCAAGAGGAUACAUCCUGAAAUCUAUCAUUUGAAAGAAGCGAUGAAGCAAGCGCCGGCUGGCGUUGAGAUUUUUGUCGAUUUCCAUGGACAUUCAAAGAAAGAGGGGAUCUUUUUCUAUGGUGGCAAAGCUCAUCAGGAAGACCGAGAGACUAAUGCCAGCAUACAACUGCUCCCGAGGCUGUGUUCCUUGGGCUCAUCAGAUUUCAUAUGGAGCAAGUGUUCCUUCAACGUGUACGAGUCGAAGAUCUCAACAGCUCGCUUGGUUGGAUUUCUGCAACUCAAGAUUCAGCGAGCCUACACGGUGGAGGCAUCUUUUGCCACCAAUGGCAGAGUCCGACGUGAGGUGUCUCAAGACGAGGAGGAGUCAGACGAUCCGCAGAUGGAAGCCGAGGAGCAGAAGGUGGAAGUCCCCUUUGCUUCUUCGGAUCAGGCGAUGGUUGAAGCAGCUGCUGUUUGCCUUCUGCAGCAGCUGGUCGCCGGUGAAGAACAGCUCGGAAGACGGGACUCCAACUUUGGCGGCAACAGAGUGAGGAAGGUUACAAGAACGGAUUUGGCCACGGUGUCCAAAGCUGGGGACCGCGUUUUGGAGUCUCCCAUGCUCAGCCCAGCAUCUCCUUCUAGCCCUGUUGGAAACAGGAUGGCGGCACGAAGACAUUCUCAGAGGAAGCCAUCCCUUGAGGAUGGAACAGUUCCUCCAAUCAUCGUGCCGCAGCUCCACCUUUCUAUGGGAUCUGUGCUGCAAGAAGAGCGAGACGUGCUGCAAGAACGGCCACCAAGCAGAGCAAAGCCCAAGCCGGAUGAGACCAGAGCUUCCAGGCAAGCAGACACCGCGGAGUUCAAUCCCAUGCGCUUGAUGCUUGCUGGGCCCACCAUUGGUCGUGCCAUUCGUGCGUCUUGCGAUCUGGAGCUGCCUCCUCCUGAUCCUCCUUGCGAAGGUCUCCUAGCAGGGCCAGAAGCUGCAAUGUGGCCCCAUCUUCAGUACCACCGUCUGACAAUCGACGCCGCAUCUAGGGAGCUGGCCAAGCUUGUCAGUGGCAAGUGCAACAAGGCCAAGGAUGAUGAUGAUGAUGAUGAAGGUGGCUCUGAUUCGAACCCCAGUGCCGACGAGAAGCCGGCGGCAGAGCUGCGAAAGAUCCAGAAACGGUUGGCGUGCAAAGCCAAGAGGCAGAAGACCUAUCGUCUGGAACCGGAGGAGGUAGAAGAAGAGGUGAAGUACAAGGUGAUUGUAGCGUUUGGGAAGUCUAUGAAGAUCCCUAUUAAGCAAGGUGAGAAAGUGGACGUCAGCAGCCGCAGAAACAGUCAGGUUGAUGAGGCCGCGGAGAAGUUCAUAAGAAUGGCAAGACGACAUAGUGAGCGAGUUGGCGACAAAUCGCCGAUGAGCGUCGAGAGUCCAACAAGGUUGGAUGCUGAAUCACCUUCUGAGAAGGACAGGCCGGCAACAUCUCUGGCUCCUCCACUCACAGACCGUGGCAGGCAGCAAAGCUUUGACCUGGGUUCUCGUGCGUCCAGUCGAUCCCGAGCCAGUUCCUUUAUGGAGUCUCGUGCAACGAGUCCUGCGAGCCCCACGAGUCCUUGGAGCAGUGCUGGGAGCCCUUCCAGGCGAAGAUCUGUGCGGGGAAAGUCCAAGGAAGUCUCGGAGCCUGGGCAUCCUGGGCAGCGCAGCGAAACGGAGGAAAAGCUGGAGGUAAACCAGAUUUCCUUUCACCUCCCAGGGCCGACUUCUGCGGAAGACCCUGACCUAGCAGACCUAGCACCAUCACCGGCGUCACCUUUGCAGAGUACUUUUCCUGCAGAAGGCUCUUCGAUCGGAUUCUCCGUGGAGCCUCCGAGUCUCAUUCCUCGGACGCUUUCUGAAGAUGAGGCCAAGGGGGAUGAAUUGAGUCCCAACAACAAGGAAGCGGACUCCAGGCAGUCGAGCAGGAGGUUAAGUUCGAGGCAUCGGCAUGACGCUGCCGAGCUCGCCCCCAUUGUGUACAGCCCAGGAUGUCCUCCUCCUGCUGGCUCUCACGUUGGCGGCUCCUGCAUUCAGCUUGAGUUGGAUGUGCCAGCAGGAAUCGAGGGUGCUCAGGCGGCUGAGCGGCGGCAGAGCACCAUCCAGGCCAAGCAGCAAGCUGCGGAAAAGAUACCCCCUUUCAGCCGGCAAGUAUCUCCUGCGACUGCCGAAGCAAAGCUAGCUCAUAUCAUCCUCCCUGAGAUUGCGCCGCAGCCGGCAUCUCCAGAUAAAACUGCAGUGGCCGAUGCCUCACCACAUGCGGGCAUUCCGGAGCGCGCCAAAAACAGCGGCCCGUCCUUCAAGGAGUGGAUCGAGCUUCAAAGGGGCUUGGAAGUAGCGGACCUUGCUGCCAGCCCUACACGCUAUUCGGAUUUCAAGAAGACUGGUCCGCAGGCUCGACGACCUGCUUCCACUUGUGUGCGACGGCAUGCUGGCAAAAGCAAACCAACUUCGGAUGCUGGCCCACCUGAUCACAGCUCAAGGGCUCAAGAUGAUGACGCCAACGUGGAAUCUGCCCAGCACCAGGAGGUGCCUAGCAAGCCCAAAGCGCCAAGCCGAGUGACUGUUCAUUUCAGGACGAGAGCUCCACCUCAGAGCUCGGCGGUAUCGACAGUGGCCAAAAUUGCUCCGGGAUCAGUGGCAUUGAAAACAAGAGUGCGGCAGGGCUCACCACCCCCGGAAGCACUCCAGUUGCGGCUUGCAUCCAAGGAUUCGGCAUCUCCGAGGACAGCCGAGCCUGGGUCGAGACAGCCGCCGCAAGUUGAUCGGCCAGCUUCUGCCAACCCCACGGCGAGCAGGGCCACCGCACUUCUUGUGGAAGCCAGGGCAGCGGGAGAAGCCAAAAGGACGCUGGUGCAGCUCCUGGAUCUACAAGCCACUCGUCACCUUGGGCCUUGUUCAAGAAUCGCGGAUGAUAUGUCUACCGCAAACACGGCUCGCGAAAGGCAUCGGGUGCAGCCACCCAAAGGCUUCAGCGGCGAGGGCAUACGGAGCUUUGACCAUGAGCGAAUGGAGGUGAUUGAGUUUGAGAAGCCAGUCACACUGAUUGUUGGGCCCAAUGGCUCCGGAAAGACGACCAUCAUCGAGUGCCUGAAGAUGGCAUCUGCCGGAAUUCUGCCGCCCAAUGCUCGAAAUGGUCAUGGCUUCGUGCAUGACCCGCAAGUCGCGCGAUUGCCUGAAGUGAAAGGCCAGAUCCGCAUGCUCUUCAAGGCCGGUGCCGACUUGAAGGAUCGUGAGAUUUGUGCCAUCCGCUCCUUUCAGCUGGCGAAUCGACGUGUUGCGGGCCGCGUGAAGCCAACGUUCAAAGCCUUGGAGAGUGUUUUGCGCACAACAGCUGAGGAUGGAAGCAAGGCCAGCCUUAGCCACCGAUGCGCAGAUAUGGACACCCAAGUUCCUGAACUCAUGGGCGUCUCGCGUGCCGUGCUGGAAAAUGUCAUUUUCUGUCACCAAGAGGAGUCAUCGUGGCCCUUGCAGGAUGCAGCAAGUGUCAAGAAACGAUUCGACGACAUAUUUGGCGCGACUCGUUACACCAAGGCCCUUCAAAACAUCAAGGAUGUGCAGAGGGACUGGACGAAGACCACGCGUGAUCGAAAAGCAGAUGCCGACCUGUCGCAAGCGCAUCUGGAUCAAGCUCGUCGACUAGCUGGCCAGAAGGAAGACCGUGAAAGAACUGCGAAAGAGUUGUCAAAUGAGCUUGAGGGCCUGGAUUCUAAGCUAGCUUCAGUUGGUGAAGAGAUGCAGAAGGCAGAGAUGGAUCUAGCUCAGUACGAGAGUUGCGGCAUUCGCGUUGCGGAGCUCAAGAGCUUAAUUGCUAGGUGCCAGAAGGAGAAGCAAGAAGCAGCCGAGUAUAUGAAGCAGAGGGGGCAGGAUGUCUUCAAAGAAUCCCUGAGCGAGCUGCAAGAACAGUCCAGGCAAUUCAACGAACGUGCUCUUGUACAAAGCGACCAGCAGGUGAAGCAGGCCAAAUCUGACUUGAGCAAAGGCGAGGCUCAGUAUCAUAGUGCUGUGAACGCCGCGCGGCAACUACGAGAGGACAUGGGCGAGACAAUUGCUGCCGCCGAGCUGUUGACAUCUCGCAGAUCGGAACUGAAAGCUCGACUGCAGCAGGCCAGCGAAUCGUCUGUGGAAGCGCUGCGAGCGAAAUUGGACUCGGAAGCUGCGAAGUUUGCCCAAGCAGAGCGAGACCAGAGACAGAGAGAUUCCCAGGCAGAGGAAUGUAUCGCCUCCGCUGAACGCGCCUUGCAGGCAGCUGCCCUGGAGGCUUCGAAGCAUGAAGCCCGCAUCCAAGAUUCCACGAAAGCUUUGUCGAGGCUUGAAGAGGAAGCUAAGACACUCGCCCGGGCAGGCCCAGACUUGGACGCCCUUGUCCGUGCUAUGAGAGAGAACGAGGCUGCUCUCGGUGCCGAGGGCAACGAUGCGCGUUUGCGGCGGUUAGAGGCUCGUCAGGAGGACAUUGGCCGGCGCAGGCACGACUUGCAGUAUUCCUUGUCGCGCAAGAGCAGCGAGGUUGCCCAGCUGGAGGCCCAAAGCAGUGUCCAUGCCGAAGUUGACGCCCUGCGACAACGUCUCAGGGAGACAGAGGCAGAGCUUGGGAAGAAGCUUGGCGACUUGCGCCCAGGCCUCGUGCCACUGCUGGGCCAGAUGCCAGAUGCCUCUGAGGCAGAGGCCAAGGCAGUUGCUGCAUUGCACGAGUCGCAGGCAUCGCUACAAGACCAGGCCAAAAAAUGCCAGGACCUACAGAAUCGAAUCGGCGUUGCAGCAGCCAGGAAAGCCAAUGCCGAGGCAGAGUUGCAUCGGCUCCAGCAGGAAGAUGCUCGAAUUGCCUCUGAACUUGGAGUUCCCUCGGCCUCCUCUGGUGCCAGCCACAAUAGCGCAGCUGCUGAGUUUAAGGCUCGACUACAGGACGUCAAGCAGCAGAUUGAGCUGGCCCGGAAGGAUGUGUCUAUGACAGAAAGCGCCAAGCACAUGUAUGAGAAAUUUCGCGAGAAGUCGCGAUCCAAGAACAUAUGCCAGUUUUGCAAACGCGGCUUCUCUGGAGAGGGUGACCUCGCAACCUUUGAGGAUGCAAUGGAGAAGCUCAUUGCUAAAAUCCCUGGGUUUUUGGAAUCCAGUCAUCAGAAGCUGAAUGAGGUCCAGUCGCAGGAAGCCUCGCUGGAGUCCCAACGGCCACGCUGGGAACGUCUUGAGCAGCUUCGGAAGGAGGAGAUGCCGAGGCGCCAAAAGGAGGUUCUACCAGCAGCAGAGGAAGAGCGAUCUUUGCGUGGCUUGUUGGAGCCCGAAGAGCGGGAGCGGCGGCGACUGGAGGACCGAGUGAAGGCGCUGCAUGAGCUUCGUCCAGAGGCAGCUGCGCUGCAGCGACUGGCCAGUUCCGUGGAGGAACUGCGUGUGGGAGUCCGCGGUAAGGAAGCGCGCUUGCUGGGCGCAAACUCCAAGGUUUCACUCCAGGCGGAACGGGAUCAGCUCCGUGUGCUGCAAGAGCAGCUGGUCGAGCUUGGCAAAGAGGAGGAUUCCGUUCGUAUGCAGCGCGAUCUCCUAGCGAAGCAGCAGGAGCAAGUGCGUACCCAGCUGGCUGAACAGAAGGGACGCUUGCAACUUCUUCAAUCUCAAGUCGCAAGGCGGAGUGAUGUCGACUCAGAGUUGGCCAUUCGAAAGGUGGAGCUGCAGGAGAGCACCGAGGCAGCCCGCCAGGCAAAGGCAGCAGCAGACUCCACAGCAGCCCGUGCAAAGCAGUUGCGUGACGAGAGGGCACGGAAUGCAGCCAAAUACCGUCAUGACUUGGAUGCCCAAGAUGCGCAAGUCCGAACUCUGCAGCGCGAGGUUGAUGCUUUGACAGAGCUUAGUAAGUCAAUCGACGUGAUGCAGAGCCGUGUGGAAAACACGGAGGUCUUGAAAGCCAAGUUGGCAAUAGCUGACGAUGGUGUUCGGUCAGCAGAGCGCGAGCUUGAGGGACUACGAGCCAGACUUGAGGCAGCCGAAGACAAGCGAAGAAAGAAGGAAGUUAUACGAGAAGCACUUCAGGCUAACAUUCGGCUCAAGAGCAUUGAGGAAGAGGCUCAGCGACACCAGCAAGAGAUCAACUCCUUGCUAAAGGACCUUGGUGGCAGAGAUAUCGAGGCUUUGCGGCAACAGCUUUCAGGUGUCCGAGUGCGAGUGAUGGAGCUGCAAAAGCAGCGAUCCUUCCGAGAAGGCGAGCUGGUCCAGACCCGCGAGGCGAUACGCUCCCUCGAGGUUGAGUUAGCUUCUCCACUGUACGCAGGAGUCGAGCAACGCCACCGAGAAGCCACUAUUCGCCACGAGUCCGCUGCACUAGCAGCCAAGGAUCUUGGCCGAUACCACUCGGCCUUGGACAAAGCCUUGAUGAAAUUUCAUUCGCUCAAAAUGGCAGAGAUCAACAAGACCGUCAAGGAACUAUGGCAGAAAGUUUACCGCGGCAGAGACAUUGAUUAUGUUGCUGUCAGGUCGGAUUCGGAAGAGGGUGAUGGAGAAGGACCCGUAGAUUCUGCUGCGUCUGGCCGCGCAAUGCGAUCCUACAACUACCGCGUUGUGAUGGUUUGUGGUGACGCAGAGCUUGACAUGCGCGGACGCUGCAGUGCGGGACAGCGGGUGUUGUGUUCCCUCAUUAUCCGACUGGCGCUGGCAGAUUCCUUCUGCGUGAACUGUGGAGUGCUUGCGCUUGAUGAACCCACGACAAACCUGGACGCGGCCAACAUAAGAGGGCUAGCAGAGGCCUUGGCAAGCCUCAUAGAAGCCAGAAGAGCCCAGUCGCGAUUCCAGCUUGUGCUGAUCACGCACGACGAGGCAUUCGUCAACCGACUUGCGCAGCUCCAGGUAUGUGAUUGGUUUUACCGCAUUCACAAGGAUGAAUCGGGCUGUUCGAAGAUCGAGAAGCAGCGCAUUCAGCUGUUUGGUGAUUAG